GCUGACAAAAACCGUUUGAUUCCGAAACACCUUAGUUUAUCAGCACACCAAUAUGAUAAACCCAGAAGACUAUGGGGUUUAUCCAACCUCAGGAUUUCUACCAUCGAAACUACCACUUGAAAAAUUGCCUCAAGACUAUUAUAAGCCUUGGGAAACCAUCGUGUCUAACUUACCUUCAUUGAUAUUGAAUAGGAGAGUUAGGACGGUUAUCAAUAAGUUACCCCUUCUUGACACAACAUUACUUGAAAGUUUUGAACAACAAAGAAGAGCCUACCAAGUAUUGGGGUUUUUGGCUCAUGGCUACAUAUGGGGGAGUGAUGAACCCAUAAAUAAACUACCACAACAGAUUGCAAAACCAUUGCUUGAAGUAAGCGAGCCAUUGGGACUACCUCCGUUGGCCACAUACGCAGGGUUAUGUCUUUGGAACUUCAAGCAAAUUGUUCCUGACGAGUCAAAUGUAUGGGACCUUGACAAUUUAACCACUAUAAACACUUUUACGGGUGGCAUGGAUGAGAGCUGGUUCUAUUUGAUUAGUGUUCAUUUUGAAUACAAGGCAAGCUUCACAGUGAACACAGGUUUAAAGAUAUUGGAAGCCAUUGAACAAGAUGCUCCUGAACUUGUAACAAAGCACCUUCAAACUUUGGCUGAAAUGAUUGAUCACUUGGGUUCCGUGUUGAUGAGAAUGGAAGAGAUGUGUGAUCCCCAUAUCUUUUAUUUUAGGAUAAGACCAUUUUUGGCAGGUUGGAGAAAUAUGGCGGAUGCAGGCCUAGAUAAGAGUGGUGUGAUAUAUGGUAAUGAUCCGAAUCCUAAAGUAUAUGCUGGUGGCUCCAAUGCUCAAUCUUCAUCUAUCCAAUUUUUGGAUGCUUUAUUGAAUGUGAAACAUUUUCCAACAGGGCAAAGGCCCGUGCCCCACCAGAAUACGCCUUCUAAUACUCAACCACCCAGUGAGAGUAACUUUAUGAAUGAAAUGAGAGAAUAUAUGCCUAGACCACACAGGGAGUUCUUACAAAAGAUUGAAAGUAUAUCAACCAUCAGUGAAUAUGUUACCAGCCGCAGGGACCAGUACCCAGAACUCACGCUCAGCUACGAUGCUUCUCUUGCUAUGUUGAAGCUGUUCAGAGAUAAACAUAUCCAAAUUGUUACCAGAUAUAUCAUUUUGCAAGCCAAGAAGGGAAGUAAGCUAGGCUCUUCUUCAACAAUGAGAUCUGGCUUGGCAAAAUCUAGAAGCAAGAAAAAAGAGGAAGAACAACGUGGAACUGGAGGAACUGCUUUGCUUCCAUUUCUAAAACAAUGCAGAGAUGAAACAGGUGAUCCAGCUGCUGGUAAUUGGGGUAAAAGAAUCCUUAGUGAUGGUGUAAUGAGAUUGAAUUUCAGUAGACCCAAUGGAAUUAAUGAAGACUAAAUUUUCACGAAACAAAGCGGAGUCAGUUGUUGGUAUGGGUUUCCAAUGAACUAUUGUGUAAAUAGAGUAAUAAAAUGCUUUUAUGACAGUGACGUUGUCUUAACUUUUUGCAGACCACUUGUUUGUGGGUCAGCGAGACAGCACUAUGAAGAUGAAAGUAGAGGGUGAAGUAGUCGUGAAAGAAACUCCGGGAGCCAAUGUAAAGAUGUUGUGAGACCUCGAGGAUACUUUAACAACGGCUUCGGCUUCUUAUUGUCCAGUAACUCU